CGCAUCGGCGAAGCGAGCCUCGCGAAGAUAGCCGCGGCGAAAGUUUUUUUUCCUUUUCCUUUUCUUCUCCAUUUUAAAUAGAAUAUAGGCAAGAAAACCAGCGCAUCUUCGGCGAAGGGAAAGGAGAGAUAUCCAGGAAUCGAUUAGGUUUGUUCUCUCCCCCCGUCCCCCCCAGGGUUUGUGACGCACCUCUCUCUGAUCGGCGGAGGAAGAGGCUUCGACGCCGAGAUCCCACUUUUUGGUUCGCUGGGGCUGCAGCAAUGACGGGGGCGUUGGUGGAUCGGGCGACGAGCGUCAUGCAGAUCGGUCCGGAUUGGGCGAUGAACAUGGAGAUCUGCGACAUUUGCAAUCGCGACCCUGGACAAGCAAAGGAUGCCGUAAAAGGACUCAAGAAGCGUCUUGGACAUAAGAAUCCAAAGGUUCAGCUUCUUGCAUUGACACUUUUGGAAACAAUGAUAAGGAACUGCGGUGAUAUAGUCCACAUGCAUGUUGCCGAGAAAGAUAUCCUGCAUGAAAUGGUGAAGAUAGUGAGAAAGAAGCAACCUGAUAUUCAUGUCAAGGAGAAGGUACUAGUGUUAAUAGAUACUUGGCAAGAAGCAUUUGGCGGUCCACAGGCAAGAUAUCCGCAAUAUUUUGCAGCAUAUCAGGAGUUGUUGCAUGCAGGAGCUGUAUUUCCUCGAAGGCCUGAGAGAUCUGCACCUAUAUUUACUCCUCUGCAGACACAGCCUUUGACAUCCUAUCCUCAAUCUUUGCAAAAUCCCAAUUAUCAAGAAGAAGCACCUGAGUCUUCCGUUGGUUCAGAUUUUCUUGCUUUGAGCCUUACAGAAAUCGAGAAUGCCCGCAGUGCUGUUGAUAUUCUUGCACAAAUGCUUAAUGCUUUAGAACCUGGGAACAAAAAGGGGCUCACACAGGAUGUGCUUGUCGACCUUGUUGAUCAGUGCCGUUCAUACAAGCAGAGAGUGGUACAUCUUGUGAACACUACUUCGAAACUACUUCGCGAAGGACUUGCACUAAAUGAUGAGUUGGAGCGGAUUCUAGCAAGACAUGAUGCUGCUCUUUCAGGCACUGCUGUUCAUGUGGAGAAGCCAAAGACUCUUCAAGCACUUGUAGACGUUGAUGACUCUGCUGCAACAAAUGCAGAUAAUACUGCACAUAAGAAUCAAAGGUCCAAUACGAGCACAAGCGCUGCCGAUCAGUCUCCUCUUCAGCAAUUACUGCUACCUGCACCUCCAGCAUCCAAUGGUGUGGCAACCUCGCUAGCCAUAGUUGAUCCUAAUAUGGACCUUCUUAGUGGUGAAGAUUUCAGUAAACCUACAACCGAAAAUCCUCUUGCACUUGUACCUGUUACUGACCUAGUUGAUAGUUCUGCUAGCUCUGGAACUGGGCAGAACAUUUUAGCUCUUUCCAAUGUAUUUUCUCAAAAUAACAAUAACAGCAAGGAACCUACCAGUGCUAUUGAUUCUAAUAUGGUGUAUCCAGCAUCACAGACAUAUCCUGCUGCAUCUCAGCUUCAACUACAACCCCAGCAGUCUACCUAUUAUUCCAAUGAAACUCUCCCAAACUCAGGGGUACCUCAGUAUGAACAGGCAGCUUACAUCCAAGGAACCCAGUUGAAUCAAGCAAAUCCUGCAUGGAAUGGUCAGAGUGUUCAUGGCUUGAGUUCCCAGCAUCAGGCACCUUACAAUGUAAAUGAUCAAGGUGGAGCUCUUCCACCACCACCAUGGGAAGCUCGACCAGUUCAGAAUAACCAACUGGUUGAGCCUCACCAAAUGCAGAGUGGCCAACCUGGAGGUGGUAUACAUCCGUGGCCAAUCCAAAGCAGCCAUCUUGGAGGAAUGCAUCCUGGACUGAUGCAGAACAACCAGCAGAUGGGCAUGCUAACCCUGCCAAUGCAGAGCAACCAGGUGGGAGGCUUAUAUUCUCAACUUGUUCAGGGUGGGCAGUUUGCAGGCAUGCAGCAACAACCGGUGCAGGGUGUUCAGCUGAUAGGUUAUGGAUACGGUCAACAGCCAGCAGCUCAGUACUAUGAUCGGAGAGCUCCAUACCCUUAUGCUAGUCCAAAUCAGAUUUCUCAGAGGAUGUAUGGGCUUCCCCUGAAAGACAACAAUAAUUUCAUGAAUAUGACCUCCUCUUAUCAGAUACCUACUUCAUCGACAGCUUAUAGUCAGCAAUCCAACAGACCAUCCAAGCCGGAAGAUAAGUUAUUUGGCGAUCUUGUUUACUUGGCCAAGUCAAAGCAAAAUAAACCCAAUGGCAAUAAAAUGGGGAGCUUGUAAAAUCAUUGAGUGCAUCUUUUUAUUUUUUUGGAUUGUUAUUCUUAUCACACUUUCUCUGAAAAUUAUAUUUUUUUGGCUUACUUGGCUAUAUGUUUAAUCUGUUGAUUUUUAUUAUGUUCAUGCUCUUAUAGAGAAAGGAAAACAACUAAUUAGAGGUAA